AUGCCCGGUUUCUCGCAGGCAACCGAGCUGAGGGCCUGGCAGCAGCUCCAGGAGCACCACCAGACCCUCGGCAAGGACAUUAUCCUGAAGGACGCCUUUGCGAAGGACCCUCAACGCUUCGAGAAGUUCUCCCGCACCUUCUACAAUGAGGCCGAUAAGUCGGAGACUCUCUUCGAUUUCUCUAAGAACUUCAUUACCGAGGAGACGCUCGACCUCCUCGUGAAGCUCGCCAAGGAGGCUGGCCUUGAGAAGCUGCGCGAUGACAUGUUCGCUGGUGAGAAGAUCAACUUCACCGAGAAGCGCGCCGUCUACCAUGCCGCUCUCCGUAACGUCGCCGGCUGGCCUAUGCAGGUCGACGGCAAGAGCGUUGUCGAGGACGUCAACUCCGUCCUGGAGCACAUGAAGGAGUUCACUGAGCAGGUCCGCAGCGGCGAAUGGAAGGGCUACACCGGCAAGUCCAUCAACACCAUCAUCAACGUUGGUAUUGGUGGCUCUGAUCUCGGCCCCGUCAUGGUCACCGAGGCUCUGAAGGCGUACGGCAAGCGCGACUUCAAGCUUCACUUCGUGUCCAACAUCGACGGCACCCACAUCGCUGAGGCGCUGAAGGAGUCUGACCCGGAGACCACUCUCUUCCUGAUCGCCUCCAAGACCUUCACCACUGCCGAGACGACCACCAACGCCAACACUGCCAAGCAGUGGUUCCUCGAGAAGGCUAAGGACGAGUCGGCUAUUGCCAAGCACUUCGUCGCCCUCUCGACCAACGAGGCCGAGGUCACCAAGUUUGGCAUUGACAAGAAGAACAUGUUCCCCUUCUCCGACUGGGUCGGUGGCCGCUACAGUGUCUGGAGCGCCAUUGGUCUGAGCGUUGCCCUGUACAUUGGCUACGACAACUUCCACCAGUUCCUUGCUGGUGCUCAGGCUAUGGACAAGCACUUCAAGGAGGCUCCCCUGGAGCAGAACAUCCCCGUGAUUGGUGGUCUUCUCAGCGUCUGGUACUCGGACUUCUUCGGUGCUCAGACGCACCUCGUUGCUCCUUUCGACCAGUACCUGCACCGCUUCCCUGCCUACCUCCAGCAGCUCUCCAUGGAGUCGAACGGCAAGGCCAUCACCCGCACUGGCGAGUACGUCAAGUACACGACCGGCCCCAUCCUCUUCGGCGAGCCUGCCACCAACGCCCAGCACUCUUUCUUCCAGCUGCUGCACCAGGGCACUAAGCUGAUCCCUACCGACUUCAUCCUGGCUGCCGAGAGCCACAACCCUGUUCAGGACAACCUUCACCAGAGGAUGCUUGCGUCCAACUUCUUCGCGCAGGCCGAGGCGCUCAUGGUCGGCAAGACGCCUGAGGAGGUCAAGACCGAGGGUGCACCUGAGGAGCUUGUCAACCACAAGACGUUCCUUGGCAACCGCCCGACGACGUCGAUUCUUGCUCAGAAGAUCACGCCGGCGACGCUGGGUGCUCUGAUCGUCUACUACGAGCAUGUGACGUUUACUGAGGGUGCUAUCUGGAACAUCAACAGCUUCGACCAGUGGGGUGUCGAGCUGGGCAAGGUGCUUGCCAAGAAGAUCCUGGCGGAGCUGGGUGACGGCAGCGAGUCGACGUCGCACGACGCCAGCACCAGCGGCCUGAUCAACGCGUUCAAGAAGAAGUCGGGCAUCUCCAAAUGA